UUUAUAAACAGCCACUGUGAGGCAGCGCGCUAUUUUUGAAGGUGGUCGGCUCUGCUCGUUUUAACAGGUCCUUGCUUUUACUUUCAUCCUCCGCUCUACGCGGUAGUCCUGGACAGUUUUAAGGAUUUUUUAUCGCAAAUACUCGAGCUGUUCUUGGUUUUUAACCUUUUACCACGACAGACAAAACUGUCACAGAAAUGGCAGACUGGAAACCGCAGUUAAGUUACAACUACAACCCUUCUUACCAUGCCUACGCUUACGGCAUCGUGUACCAACCAGGACCAGAGCAAAACCACGGGAACCUGAGCAGCUGGGGAGAUUCCGGAGUCACGGAUAUGAGCAACUACAACCCCGGGGUAACGCAGGCCUACUACGCCAACACCGCCAGGACCCGGGAAGAGUCUCCUCCGCGCAGCCCGGAGCAGCAUGUGGGGAACGGGCACGGUCACUACCAGGGCUCCGGGGUGGUCUACCUCGGUGACACCCAGGCCGGCCGUCUACUCCUGUCCGGACCUCACCUGCCCGCUUACAAUGCACGGGCACAUGAGGCCAGGAGGGCCGGGAGCGACUCGACCAGUGACUCGGAGGCACACCCAUCACCAGAUUCAUGGAGUUCUGGCAGUAGCAGAGACGGAAGUCUCCCCCAGACGGACCCCAUUUCCUGGGUAAAGAAAGAACUUGAUGACGAGGCAAGCAGCAGGAGCCCUGAUGCCAGCGAGGAUGUUUCCAGCACUCUCAAAGAUGAGUCAAGGACCUUUAUUGUCAAUGGCAACGAGGGCACUAACGACCAUGCUACCUCUCUACACGCGCCCUUAUCUGCUCAGAAGAAACCAAGCACUACAACUGUAAAUCCCCCUAAAGGAAAGGUCCGGGCAGCCUUCUCAGAGAGUCAGAUGAAUGCUCUAGUCCAGCGAUUCAGUGUACAGCGGUAUCUCACCCCGGCUGAAAUGAAGAACUUGGCAGAAAUGACUGGGAUGACUUACAAACAGGUUAAGACUUGGUUUCAGAACCGAAGGAUGAAGCUGAGGAGGCACCAGAAAGACACCAGCUGGGUUUCUGAGCGAUACAACAAAGGCAGCCCGGUUCGUGGGAACAUGUACACCAACAUUCCUCCAAAUAUCCCACCUUAUCCUGGAGAAACCCGGCCCCAGCUCAAAGAGCAUUACAAUCAGCACAUGAUGGAGGCAGCCUUCAAGAAGACUGCUCCACAGAACCUGGCCUUCUAUCUGGCUGCUAUGGGCUCUGCUGCUGGUUCUGCUGGCUACCCCUCCUGGUCCCCUAGCUCAUCCCAGACCGCAGUGCCCUCCAGGCCCCAGGCAGCUGGCUGGUCCAUGCCUUCAGGCGUUAACCACUAUGAGUACAACCCCAAUGCAUUUAACCCGACCAGCACUACCUCUGCAAAUAACACUGUGCAGGAAACAAGCUUCGACAGAGAAGAUGGAGAGCCCGUCGGCAGCCUCCGCGCCAUAAACACACCCAUGGUACAUAAUGGCAGCCAGUAGUCGAUGUUGAGCUGUUGAGCUUUAAGCUUUUCUGUACAUGCCAUGUUAAUAUUCUUCUGUUCCUGACUUUUAAAUUAGUAGUAGUUUCCUAGUUGUUGAAAUGAAUUAAGGUUGUUUUUGCGUGUCCGGGUGUACAUAUGCCUUGUUCAUACUCCCGUUCAAAAGUAUUUUACUUUUCUACCACGAAGUUUUAUUUUCAUAUGAAACUAUUUAAUGUAUGUUGGUGUGUUCUGUUCUUUGCGCUUGGUAAUACAAGAGUGGUCCAAGUUGGAUGCAUUCUUCGGAUUACAAUGUUUUUUGCAACUGUUUUAAGGCAAAGUACUGAAAAAGAUCUAAUGUGCACACCUUUUUUUCUAUAAAUACAUGUUCACUUGGCAA